AACCUGAAAGCUACCCUGAUCGUCCCGAAUCACCCAAUCCUCCUCUUUAGGUGUUUCCCCACGACACAUGCUGGAAAAUGUCUCUCCUCUUUCCUUCCAGGUUCCCCGUACCUGGCCUGCCACAAGGCCAACCUUCAUGCUUAUAUAGAGAGACCACAUCCGGAGAGAGGGUUUAUCUCCAACAACAACAUAGCCAACACUACUACUACUAGUACUUUUCUUCUCUUGCUAACUAGGAAUAUUUUCUUCAAAGCUAAUUCAGUCCAACGUUUCGGCCAUGGCUGUCUUACCUAGCUUCGUGAUCAGCUGCUUCUCUGAUUCUAGUAAGGUUGCGUCCGAGGGAGAAGACAGUCGACGAACAUCGACCCAAGUUAAAGCUGGUGGCGAAGCCAAAUUGAAGGAAAGCAAAGCUAAGAAAAGCCCCCCGAUUCCAAUGACUUACUUCCCCAUCGGCUCAACAUUUUCUCGCUUAUGAACAUGCUUCACGACCCUUUGUGUGUCAGCUUCUCCGAGGGCACGUUUUCCCUAUAUUCCAUAACCAUUCUUUUCCAUUGAUUAUGUUGUUUAUUAGGAAAGGGAACAAGUUGGGAUUGAGGCAAAAUAAACCCUUUUUUUGUUGUAGAUUUGUAUAAUUAAGAAUUAUUAUUAGUAAAAUAUUCUUUUUGUACGAAAGCCUUCUGUUGUUCAAGUCAUUCACAAACCCAAGUUCCUUACAUAAUUUGGUUAUAUAUUUUGGAUUCCAUAGCUUGGUGAUGCUUAAUCUAUUCAAUGAUGGCAGUCCUUCCUAUAAUAUUUGAAGAAAAAAAAAAGAAUCAAAUCAAGGAGUUAAUCGAAAUUUUUUUUUACUCAAUUUUUAAAAUUAGAUGAAAUUAACAUAAUUUAUUUGAAUUGAAUUUUACAUAUGGAUAUUUCUUCAUUUCAAACCUUUUGUCAUAUGUGUGUUUAUUAGUUAUAGUAUCACACUUUACGAAAUAAGUAAAUAUUCAAUAAAAAAUCAUCUAAUUGUUAAUGGAGUGUGUAAAAAAAUCUUUAAAUUACUUUGGGGUAUUAUUGUAUUUUUCAUAUCUUAUAGUAAUAUGAAUAGGAAUAUUAGUAGAAAAAUAUGGAUAGGUCCUUGGUACAUAAGGAUUUAGUCUUAGUAAUUAAUUAUAUUUCCUAAAACAUAGUUUAACAGUAGUUUUCUUACAUAGAGGAAUCGACCUACCUACUGGCCUGGUAGCUAAUGCAACCAGUUAGAAAAGGCCCAGGCCCAACAAGACUUUUGUUAUAUAAAAUAAAAAGUUAGUUCAUUUAAGUCAACUUAGUUCCCCGCCGGCUUCUUUCUCCGAAUAUCUUUCCUUCCCGAUCAUUUUGCUCUUAACAACACCAUGAAGUCAAAGCUGGUAGUCAAGGUAGCUCUGAAUGACGAGAAGUCCCGCUCAAAGGCCUUGAGAACGGCAUGUGGUUUUCCAGGGUUGAGUCUGUGCUCUCGAUGUCCGGACAAAAGCCAAGUGGAGGUAGUGGGCGAUGGGAUUGAUGCAGCUGGGCUAGUAAGUACACUAAGAAAGAAAGUAGGGCAUGCGGAGCUGAUGAGCGUGAGCCCCAUUGUUGUUGAAGAGAAGCAAGGGAAUAUAAAAAAAACAGGCUCUGGUUGCCUCAAAGGCGAAGGCGAUGACAAGAGCCCAACAGAGGUAAAGAGCGAUGGGAUUUAUGCAGAUAUUCGGAAAAAGAUAUUCGACGAGUAUGUCCCGGAGUUGGUCCUGCCCUGGCCCUUGUUCGACUGGUCAUAUAAUCAACCAAAGUGUGAGUUUGGGGAGAAACAAGUCCGUCCACCUGAAGAUACACUUAGGUUCGAGUCUGUUUCUCUCGAAGGUGAUGACAAGAGGGCAAUAGAGAUAACCGGCGAUGGGAAUGAUGCGCAUCCAAGAAAGAGAAGAGAGUGGCAAGCUAGGGCAUCCAGAGCAAGUGAGCAAAACAGAAGAGAAGAAAGAGGGAAAGUCAAUUGUGAACGUCUGGGAACAAGUCAAUCAACAUGAAGAUAGUAGCUCUUCUCCCUGUAUCCAGAAACCUGAGUUGGUUUCUAUUGGCCCUUAUCAUAGGGAUAAAGACCUUCCACUUAACAAGUACAAGUAUUUUUUCUUGCAAAAAUUUCUGUCUCGCACAAGAAACCAAGGCAACGAUUUAU